CCACAUCCCACCGUUUGUUUUUUCAUUUGAGCAAUAUUUUUUUGGUUGACAGCGAAAAAAGCGCAGUGUGGCAACACCAUGCUAAGGAUGUGUCAUAUCUGGAUGUAGUCAUUAAACGUCAAAAGACGAACAAAAGAAAAACUUUUAGUUCGGAAUUAUAUCAAGUGUUUAAUUUUAAUUGUUAUUAUAUUAAAUUUAUUACAAAUAAAUUACGAAUAUAAUUGGAAGAAAAGUUUAAAUAAUUCAACACAAAUACAAAAUGAUGCCCGCUGCGGAGGAGGCGCAGAUUUCCAAGCUAUUAUCCAGGUACAAAAACAUAAGCGUCACAAAAAAAGAUGUCAUUGACGUAGUUACCAAUUAUCGGUCAUUGUCUUACAAUUUGCAGAAAUUUGUUUUUAACGAUGGAAGUUCAAAGGAUCUCUUUAAUUUGGCUGGAACUAUACCGGUUGUCUACAAAAAUAACACUUACUACAUUCCCAUAAUUAUAUGGUUAAUGGACACACAUCCCCAAAACGCACCUAUGUGCUUUGUGAGGCCAACACCAACAAUGCAAAUUAAGGUAUCAAUGUACGUGGAUCAUAAUGGAAAAAUCUACUUGCCAUACUUGCACGACUGGCAACCGCACACAUCGGAUUUACUUUCCCUCAUACAAGUAAUGAUAUUAACUUUUGGUGAUCAUCCACCAGUAUUUUCUAAACCGAAAGAUCAAACGACUCCCUACCCACAUCCAGCAUUUCCUUCCCCAGGUGGUGCUGGCUAUCCUCCUUAUCCCACCGCUGGUGCUGGCGGAAGCGCAAAUUUUCCGCCAUAUCAACCAGGAAAUAACUUUGGACCAUACCCGCCGUACCCAGCUGGGGGAAAUCCAGCUGCUGCCAACCCCGGUGCAAGUGCUGGCGGGUAUCCACCGUAUAUGAGCUUUCCGCAAGUUCCUGGCUACAAUUCUGGCUAUAAUUCUUCAACGCCAAGUUCAACUGGUACCAUUACUGAGGAACAUAUUAAGGCCUCGCUAAUUAGCGCAGUCGAAGACAAAUUACGUCGCCGUCUACAAGAGAAAGUAAAUCAAUAUCAAGCUGAAAUUGAAACACUUAACCGUACCAAGCAGGAAUUGGUAGAGGGUAGCUCGAAAAUUGAUAAUGUUAUUGCGCGUCUUAAUAGAGAGGAAGUCGAGCUGCAAAAGAAUAUUAAUAUAUUACGUGAUAAGGAGCAAGAGCUUGAGAAGAGUUUAGAGGCCUUGGAGAAGUCGGAUGGUAUUGAUCCAGAUGAAGCUGUCACCACAACAGCGCCUCUAUACAGACAACUACUGAAUGCAUACGCUGAAGAAUCGGCGCUUGAGGACGCAAUUUACUAUUUGGGUGAGGCCUUACGAAGUGGUGUCAUUGACUUGGAAACCUUUUUGAAGCAUGUACGCCAAUUAUCUCGUAAGCAAUUUAUGCUACGCGCUAUUAUGCAGAAGUGCAGGCAAAAAGCUGGACUGGCUGGUUAAAUAGCUUAAAGUCGUACAGAACAAAAUCAUAUACGGAAGACUAACUUGUUGAAGCCCUUAAACGUGGAAUCGUAUAAAAAUGAGAAUUAAAUAUGUGUAUUGGAAUUAGUUAUUGGACAAGCUAAUCAAUGAAUAUUAUCAGAUAUAAAUAUACAAAAGUUGCAUCAUUCAAAUAAA